GAAAUGCGAUUAAUUCAUUAAAUACCACACAAUAUAACGUAAUUUUGAUUAUGAAUAAUAUAAAAAUAUACAUAUAAAAAUAUUCCCGGAUAAUGUUUUCGCUUUCCACGCCUUAAACCACAAUUCCCAAAAUUCCCAGCGUGACAGCUGAGCUCACAUCCCUGAGCGUCAGGCAGACAGACAACAGAUGGAAUCAAAGGGAUAGAAACUACUGCUUUCAAUAUUUGUCUCCGUCUUUCUCGAAAUAUAAAUAAAACAUUCAACAGUAUCAUGAGUUGAUUUAAUCGCAGUUUUAGGAGGAGAUCUUGGGCAGGUGCUGAACAUGCGUCCCUGCACUACUGUCAUGCACCUGCUGCUGCGAUGCAUGCGCGGAUGUGGCAGACACAGUCGCAAUCGCAUGCCCAGAAUACUGAGGCAGCUUGUGAGCUACAUCAAACUGAUCUUCAAAUCCCUUUAUUUUAACUCACUCACUAACUCUGAAGUGGUACUGGACUGCAUCCUUGAACCAGUGUUUUGGACAGUGGAGGUCGUCACACGAUGGUUUGGAAUGGUUUUUGUGUUUUUGGUAGUAGCUCUUACCAGUUCUGUGGUUUUCAUCGCAUAUGUCUGCCUUCUACCAUUGGUCCUCCAAACGUACUCUACUGGCUGGAUGAUGUGGCACAUUUGUUACGGGAAUUGGAUCUUGGUCAUGAUAGUCUUCCAUUACUACAAAGCCACAAACACUCCUCCUGGAUACCCUCCAAAGAUGAAAAACGAGGUCCCGUUUGUGUCGUUCUGUAAAAAGUGCGUCAUUCCUAAACCAGCACGAAGUCAUCACUGUGGCAUCUGUAAAACAUGUAUUCUAAAAAUGGAUCAUCAUUGCCCUUGGCUUAACAACUGUGUUGGCCAUUACAAUCAUCGUUACUUCUUCUCCUUUUGUCUCUUUUUGACUCUGGGCUGCAUGUAUUGCAGCAUCAGCGGUCGCGAUCUGUUUAUCGAUGCAUACAAUUCCAUAGAUGAAAUUUCGCAACCUCCAUACACCUACAAAGAUAGGAUGUUUCACAAGAGUGUAAUCUACAUGUGGGUCCUUACAAGCACGGUGUCAGUCGCUCUAGGAUCUCUCACACUGUGGCAUGCUUUACUUAUCACCCGUGGAGAAACCAGCAUUGAACGCCAUAUUAACAACAAAGAGGCCAAACGUUUGGCAAAACGUGGAAAGGUCUAUCGUAAUCCUUUUAGUUAUGGCAAACUAAACAACUGGAAGGUGUUCUUUGGUGUAGAAAAGAGAAGUCAUUGGCUGACUCGUGUUCUCCUGCCCUCUGGACACACCCCUUAUGGUGACGGACUGACAUGGGACAUUUACCCUCUUAAAAAAAACAUGAUGCCAGUUUAAGACAUUAAAGACCUGAUUGUCUUAGUUGGCGGUGGCCAACACACUCCUCAGGGUGAGCCUCAUGCGCCUGUGAGCCUGAGCCAAGGCUGAAUGCUCGACCAGAGCCCUGGGAACACAGGAGUCUGCAGAGCCCAGAUUUAGACAGCGAUCUCACUGGAUGACCUUUGCUCUUUCUUGCCAAACGAAAGGGCUGCCCUCCAAAAAUACCAUGAAUAUUUUGGAUGUUUUUAUCAAUAUUUUAUAAUGAAAUCAUGACAGUUGUCUGUGCGAUCUAUGGAAGAUACUAUGCUAAUAGGGAGAGUUCACCCGAAAAUGAAAAAACCGUCACCAUUUAUUCACCCUCCAGCCAUGUGGGGCUUAAUGUUUGAUAAUGUAAAUAUGAUUUUAACUCAUUAUUUAUAUCACUUACAGUAUCAUUAUUUAAAUGCACUGAAAUCCAAUACUUCAUUUCCAAAGUCAACCACAUCUGAAGAAACUUCAUUUUAUUAUAUUAUAACUAGAAUUUUAUUAAAUGCUAAAUAAACAGCAUUUCUUGUUUCAUCA